AUGGCAGUUGCUUCUCUUGCUGUGCCUUUCAAUGUUCUUCAUACCGCAAUUAAAUUUGAAUCGCUGCACAUGCUUACCACCCUUCUUUCCAAAAAAGAAUCUCCACUUCAUGGUGCUUUGAGAUCAAUGCCGUCCACAAUCUGGGAAUCUCAUAUCCGUGGUGGAAUUAUAGACGUUCUUCAAAACCGUGUUGUAUCCUCCGAAAAGCUGCAAGCUCUUCUUUUGGCGGAGUGCAUGAUGUCUAUACUAGGUGAGAGUUGGUUGUCAGAUGAUCAUAAAAUCCUGGAUAACAAGAAUGUUAUGUCCGUCGACAAAUUUGUGCUGCUUGUCCUAGAAUCUGCAAGAGUUGAAGUGGCUGUCCUUCUAAAUGAACUUGCCUUUUCAAAGUAUGAGUCAUCAGAAAGUUCUCAGAUAGAUGGUGCCAUCAGCCAGAAACAAAGAAAUCUGGCUAUAUUGUUUUCACUGAUAGAAAGAAUAAUCAAAAUGAUAUCAGAUGCUAGCGGUGGUGAAGGUGAACCAAGUCAAACUAUCCAUGAAAGGACAAUAAUACAGGCAAUUAAAGGAUUAAAUGAGACAAGCAGUCUAGUGUUGGACUUCCUGCAGGAUGCAAAGGAUCACGGGCAGAGGAAAGGUGAUGAUCUUUUGGCAGCUGUGAGAAUAGUGGGAAGCUAUCUGGCAGAGACGCCAUAUGCCUGCCAAGAGAAGACUGGACGUCUACUGGAAUUUAUAUUUUCUAUUGAAGGUCAAGAUGAAUCAAGGCCCUUCUAUUCCGUUCGCUUCAUGCUUCCAAUGCUAUCCCAAAUAACAACGACAGCUGAUGGAUGCAGAACUUUGAUGUCGUUUGGAGGCCAUAAAGCAGUUAUAGACUGCCUAAUUAAAAUGACAGAGCAGAAUGGAAUGAUGGUCGACAAUGGCAGCAUCUUUUUGGCGUGCGAUACUAUCAUAAACAUUAUGUCAAAUAGGAAGAGUUCCCAUAUUCAAAUGGAGCCUUGUUUCAUCUGUCUCCUGCAAGCACUUAUUACAUGGGCUGGAACAACUGAUGCUUCAUCAGUCAUCAUGACAGCCUGCAGCUUGUGCACGAUGGUGAUGGAGUUGACAUCAGAAGAGUUCCUCUUGAGCUGCUCUGAUUUUGACCCCAAGACCCUUGGGAGUUUGUCUGACCUCAUUGUCAGAAGCUUGCAUCAGGAUAUCCCUGACGGCGAUAUGGAACAGUUGAACCAAAAACAAAUAAUCGUAUCAGGCUACAAGCGCUGGGCUGAUCGAUUCCCUCGUGUUAGAAAUGUUGUACAUCAGCAUGUAUCUGUCUGAUCAUCUGUCAGAUCUUCUCUACAUGAAGAGUUCUCUUGUGAAUGAAAUCCUGAUAUGGGAACCUGAAGUGCUACCAUCCCCCGGCAUGAAGUUUAAUCUCAAACGGUCGGUCAUUGACCAUUCCCUUAGCUGAUCUGCUGCUGAUGUGCCAGGAAGUUUAACAUCUCAAAUGGCAGCUCACUGGUUCUUCUGUGUAAUGCAUGUUGGUCUGACAUGAAUACGCUCACUGGGGUGAGCAGGAUGGUAGUGCAUACAUAGCCUAG